CCCAUCCCGACGCCUUCAUUCCUCUCGGGCCGGUUUGGUCCCGGCUCUCCCGGGACGGCAGGUGGCGGGGACAACUCGUUUGUAGCGCGACUCUGUCGGCUGGCGACUCGUGUCGCUUAAAUCGCGACCGAUUUUUAUUGACAAAGCCCACCCGUCCUCUCAGUAAAGUGAUACCGGGGCUCGACCCCGAGCGAUGGCUCGGUGAGCAGCAGUCCCAAGGAGGGAGCCGUGCGAGUGCCUGGAGAGUGGCGGCGUCUCCGGAGCGUCAGCCCCGGCACGGAGACGUUCGUCGCGCUGCAGCUUGUCCCCCCGAUUUCUUCCGGGUGACCAAGGACGUGGGUAGCGCAAGGAGCGACCCUUCCUGCGAGAGUCUGCGGCUCGGAGAGCGUAGGGGCACAGGGAAAACUGGAGAUCAAGAGUUGCAACAAACUCCCAGUAUUGAAAAGCUACUAUCAAAGGACUGGAAAGACAAGCUUCUUGCCAUGGGAUCAGGGAACUUUGGAGAAAUAAAAGGGACUCCAGAAAGCCUCGCUGAGAAAGAAAGGCAGCUCAUGGGUAUGAUCAAUCAGCUGACCAGUUUGCGAGAACAGCUGCUAGCAGCUCAUGAUGAACAGAAGAAACUGGCUGCAUCACAGAUCGAGAAGCAACGCCAGCAAAUGGAGCUGGCUAAGCAGCAACAAGAACAGAUUGCAAGACAACAGCAGCAGCUCCUGCAGCAGCAACACAAAAUUAACCUUCUUCAGCAGCAGAUCCAG